AUGAAGGCUCUCGCGACUGCCGCGCUGGCCGCCUGCGCCAGCGCGGCUGCCCGACAGAGAUUCGCUGCCGUCGACAUGUCGCCCGUCGGAGGCGCCUUGGUGCCGCGCUUCUUCGUCGACGCUCCCAAGCUGGCCAUCCGCGACGGCGGGAUAUGCAAUCCGAACUACCAUUCAUGUAAGAGGCCUCAGGCCCACUGCUCAAGAACCACCGCAAUGCUCGCCAGACUACCCGUAACUUUCGCUAACGACAGGUCAGGUGUCGAUAUUGGCUUCCCGGGAGAGUGCUGCGCAAACACAAACUACUGCUACGUCAAGCCGGACAACAAGCCGUGGUGCUGCCCCGUCGGCUCCAACUGCGACUCCAACUGCGCGGCCACGGCCUACCAGUGCUCCACCACCGUCACCCGCACCGUCUCCGAGACCAUCACGGGCGGCGCCGUUGUCACCACCUCCGUCUCCUCCGCCUGCUGCGGCCGCAUCUGCCCCUCCACCUCGGCCUUCCGCUGCGAGACCCAGUUCGGCGGCGGCUGCUGCUCCUACGGGCAGACCUGCGUCUCGAGCGGCGGCUGCCACGCGUGCGACGACGGGCAGGGGUGCUGCGACAACCUCAUGCACUGCACCGUCGUCAGCGGCACCGCGGCUUGCGCGCCGGGGAACCCUACGAUCACGGGCGUGAAGAUCGUCGAUGGCGGCUCCGGCGGGCUGUCAACCGGCGCGAAGGCCGGAAUCGGCGUCGGCGUGUCCGUCGUCGGGUUUGCGCUGGUGGGAGUCUCGGCGUGGUUCUGCCUGAUCAGGCGACGGAGGCGGGGGACGACAAUGUCCCAGCGCAGCGGCGGCGCGAGCCGCGUCAGCGGCGGGGUUUCCGGCCUCGUCGUCGGCGGCGGCGGCGGCAGCGAGAGACCGGGCCGGAGCGCGCGCGCCAUGUCGGAAGUCACGUCCGGCUCGCGGCCGACGGCCCGGGGCGGCUUAACGCAGGACUACUUUGGCCCGGCGGCCGUGGCGGGGCCGUACACGGAGACGGAGACUGUGGUGUCCGACGGGGCGGCGACCACGCCGGGCAGGGGGAGGGGCGUGCCGCUGCAGGCGCACUCGCCGAGCGACGUCGUAGCGCCGGUGGAGAUCGACUCGGUGGGCGUGAAAAGGGGGUACGGGCACGACGUCACGGCCGUGCCGGCGGAGCGGGAGGCCGAAGCGACGCAGGAGAGGUAUGAGCUAUACGGGUCUGAGAUGGUGUCGCCUUCGCCGGUGAUGCCUUCUCCGCAGACGCAGUCACCGCCGCUGAUGACACCGAGGAGCAUCACGAGCGUUUCCUUGAUGGACAGGUCACCGGGCCCUCCGUCAGAGAGGUGA